GAAAUCGAUUUAAAUUAGCUCGGAUUCAGACAUAUCCCAAAGAAGCUCCCGAGAGCCGCAUUUCCGUUCCUUACACCUGCCUGCCGGUUAAUUUCCCUCACCGGCUGCGCGGCGGGGCCGCGGAAAGAAAGAGCGAGAGAGAGAUUGGAGGAGAGCUCGAUCCAUUGGAUCGGUGAAGGAAGCUUCCGAGGCGGUGGUAAUCGCGCGGAGCAAAGGAAUAAAGAGAAGAAAAGAAAGAAAAAAGAGAGGAAGGGGGGAGAGGGAAAAAAAUGGCGGAAGCGUUCUGCCCGGACUGCAAGCGGAGCACGGAGGUGGUGUUCGACCACUCGGCGGGGGACACGGUGUGCUUGGAGUGCGGGCUGGUGCUGGAGGCCCACUCCAUCGACGAGACCUCCGAAUGGCGGACCUUCGCCAACGAGUCCGCCGACAACGACCCCGUCCGUGUCGGCGGUCCGUCCAACCCGCUCCUCACCGACGGCGGCCUAUCGACCGUCAUCUCCAAGCCCAACGGCGCCCAGGGUGACUUCCUGUCCUCCUCCCUCGGCCGCUGGCAGAACCGCGGCUCCAACCCCGACCGCUCCCUCAUUCUCGCCUUCCGCACCAUCGCCAACAUGGCCGACAGGUUGGGACUUGUAGCAACUAUCAAGGAUAGAGCCAAUGAGAUAUAUAAGAAAGUGGAAGAUCUGAAGUCCAUUAGAGGACGAAAUCAAGAUGCAAUUUUGGCUGCUUGUCUAUAUAUUGCUUGUCGUCAAGAGGACAGACCUCGAACUGUAAAGGAAAUCUGUUCUGUUGCCAAUGGAGCUACAAAAAAGGAAAUUGGUCGGGCAAAAGAGUACAUUGUAAAGCAGCUUGAAGUUGAGAUGGGUCAAUCAAUGGAAAUGGGCACUAUACAUGCCGGAGAUUUCCUGCGGCGUUUUUGUUCGCAUCUUGGCAUGUCUAAUCAAGCAGUCAAGGCUGCUCAAGAAGCAGUCCACAAGUCAGAAGAGCUUGAUAUAAGGAGGAGUCCUAUAUCAAUUGCAGCAGCUGUCAUUUACAUGAUAACUCAGCUUUCAGAGGAGAAGAAACCUCUAAGAGAUAUCUCAUUGGCUACGGGAGUGGCAGAAGGCACUAUAAGGAAUUCAUACAAAGAUCUUUAUCCCUACGCUGCAAGGAUCAUUCCAGCCUCAUUUGCCAAGGAGCAAGAUCUCAAGAAUCUCUGCAGCCCAUAGUUCAUAAUUAACCAGUUGCAGUAGAGCUACUCGAAAAAUUCAGGACUGGCAGGUAGCAUAGUGUGACUGAUGGAGGCCAUAAAAAAUGCUUCACCAAACCACUCUAUUUCCCACUCCAGUCCCAGCCGCAUGGCGAUUGUUGGGAUGAUACAUAGAGCUCACCUGUCACCCGCUGAUCGUGUGUACCGUACCAAUCCCCAAACUGCUAUGAGGGACUGAUGCUCUCAGCGUGGAAUAGAGUGGUGCUGGGAAUCAGUACUUUCUGUUAUGAUACAAGGAGAAUGCUCACAUUCUUCGAGAUGGACCUGUGAGUGGAUUUCUGAAACAAACCUCAAGGAACAAUUUUCCUUUUAUUUACUUUCGCAUUUUUCCCCUCUCAACAUGUGAAUAGGUUUCUGAAUGUCUUUGCGUGAUGAACUAACACCACCUUCCAAAGCAACCUAAUCAGGUGGCUGUGGAUACACAUUUUAAUUACCAGUCAGUCUGCCAAGCCUGUGACACUAGGCUAGGAUAAUGAUAACUUUAUAACCUGUGCAUUUAAUAGUUUUUGCCAUGUAAUUGAGCUUGAACCUUUGUAAUUAUACAAGUGAUUCGACAGCUUUCUGUAUCUGACCAUUUAAUUCUUGAUUAAUGUUCUACAUAAAAUAUGAGAUCAGAUAGCAUGUUCUAUU